AUGAACCGCAUUGUGAUGUACGACCACACGCUCAGGCGCACCUCUAUCAAGGCCAACCUGACAGCGCAGCGGUGGUACCCCACGGCCCUCGCCCUGCCCAAUGGCGACGUAUGGGUGCCUGGCGGCACCUGGGCGCAGAAGCCCAACGGCACCUGGCCCAAGGCGGCCGGCGCCGAUGUGUACCGUCCUUACGACAAUCGGGUGACGCAGGUGCCCCUUAACAAGAAGCUGUGGGAAGCCGCGAUCGGGAACUGGUACAUGGGGUCACUCGUGCUGCCCAGCGGCAAGGUGGCGACAAUGAAUAUGAACAUGAUGCAGGUGGUGGACCCCUACACGGGGGCGGCGCUGGCCGAGGCCCCGGGGCUGCCAGAUCCGGUCGAAAACAUGGUCUGGGAGUUCCCAAGGAUGGGGCCCCAGGUGAUGCUGCGCGCUGACGUCAUCACGCCCGGCAAGCCGAUGCGCUACGAGUUCAUGGCGUUUGGCGGGAGCUUCAUAGACGCCGCCCUGCGCAAAGACAUCGCCAAGUGCGGCCCGGUGACGUGCGACCGAGAGAAGGGGGAGCAGCGCACCUGCUCGGAGUACAGCGUGCGCAUAGGCCUGGUCCUGCACCCCAACGGAAGGCACGUCUUUGACCGCCAAUGGGUGGUCGAGAAGAUGCCGGGCCCGCGCUGCAUUUUUGACGGCGUGGUGCUGCCAAACGGUCACGUCGUCCUCAUCGGCGGCCAGCAGCGCGGCAUCGGGGACUUGACCAACGCGACGCACUACAACGGCGGCAACCAGCCCUGGAACAAACCCUGGAUCUACAACCCAUAUGCCAAGGCGGGGCAGCGCUACAGCAUCCCCGGGGCCACCACCAAGAUCGCGCGGCUCUACCAUUCAGUGGCGCAGCUGACCAGCCAGGGGGACCUUCUUGCGACUGGCACCUCCAAUGCGAAGUUCUGGGAGAGCAGCGACUCGAAGGACUUCUCCAGGACACCCCUGGGGGUGAACGAGUACCGCCAGGAGCUCUUCCUGCCCCCAUACCUGUUCCGCGCCAACCGCCCCGCGCGUGCCGCACCCGAGGCGCCAUCCUGGGUGCCCUACGGCGGCACCUUCCAGAUGGGCUACCGCUUCCCCGAUGCACCAGAGCAGACGUCGGACUCGGAGAGGCGUCGGCGCAAGGACGCUGCAUGCAAGUCCUGUGGUAGCAUCAUGAAUCCUCAGAGCGCCGGCUGCGUGCAGGCGCAGGCAGCAUCCGCCCUCUGUCUCAACGGCUCGCCACAGCCCACACUCUUCGUGUGA